AUGGAAACUGCUAAACACAUCAUUGAAGAAAUUGAUGAUGAAUUACACAAAAUUGUGUUCAAAGUGAUUGAAGGAGAUAUCUUGAAGGUGUAUAAUUCCAUUAGUUUCAUCUUUACCACCAAAGAUGUGGGCGAUAAGAAGUUUGUUAUCUGGACUAUAGAGUUCGAGAAAGCGAGCGCAAGUAUACCGGAUCCAACAUCGUAUAUGGACGUGGUUUGUGGAAUAGUUGGAAAUAUGGAUUCUCAUUUUCUCAAGUAA